AUGAUUGUAAAAAACAACAGUAAUAAAGCUAACGACAGCAACAGUAAUAAAGCUAACGACAGCAACAGUAAUAAAGCUAACGACAGCAACAGUAAUAAAGCUAACAACAGCAACAGUAAUAAAGCUAACGACAGCAACAGUAAUAAAGCUAACGACAACAACAGUAAUAAAGCUAACGACAACAACAGUAAUAAAGCUAACGACAACAACAGUAAUAAAGCUAACGACAGCAACAGUAAUAAAGCUAACGACAACAACAGUAAUAAAGCUAACGACAACAACAGUAAUAAAGCUAACGACAGCAACAGUAAUAAAGCUAACGACAACAACAGUAAUAAAGCUAACGAAAGCAACAGUAAUAAAGCUAACGACAGCAACAGUAAUAAAGCUAACGACAGCAACAGUAAUAAAGCUAACGACAGCAACAGUAAUAAAGCUAACGACAACAACAGUAAUAAAGCUAACGACAACAACAGUAAUAAAGCUAACGAGAACAACAGUAAUAAAGCUAACGACAACAACAAUAAUAAAGCUAACGACAACAACAGUAAUAAAGCUAACGACAACAACAGUAAUAAAGCUAACGACAACAACAGUAAUAAAGCUAACGACAACAACAGUAAUAAAGCUAACGACAGCAACAGUAAUAAAGCUAACGACAACAACAGUAAUAAAGCUAACGACAACAACAGUAAUAAAGCUAACGACAACAACAGUAAUAAAGCUAACGACAACAACAGUAAUAAAGCUAACGACAACAACAGUAAUAAAGCUAACGACAACAACAGUAAUAAAGCUAACGACAACAACAGUAAUAAAGCUAACGACAACAACAGUAAUAAAGCUAACGACAACAACAGUAAUAAAGCUAACGACAACAACAGUAAUAAAGCUAACGACAGCAACAGUAAUAAAGCUAACGACAACAACAGUAAUAAAGCUAACGACAACAACAGUAAUAAAGCUAACGACAGCAACAGUAAUAAAGCUAACGACAACAACACUGCGCUUGUGGAGGUUGAACUUCAGCUUUUGGAGCCACCCAAAACUCAGUUCGACUGA